AUGGAGGGCAUACAUGCGGUGUGGGAAGUGCGUGCAGCGAAAACAGUGCAUGGGGUCAGAGUAGUGCAUGUGGUGAGAGUAGUGCAUGUGGUGAGAGUAGUGCAUGUGGUGAGAGUAGUGCAUGUGGUGAGAGUAGUGCAUGUGGUGAGAGUAGUGCAUGUGGUGAGAGUAGUGCAUGUGGUGAGAGUGGUGCAUAUGGUGAGAGUAGUGCAUGUGGUGAGAGUAGUGCAUGUGGUGAGAGUAGUGCAUGUGGUGAGAGUAGUGCAUGUGGUGAGAGUAGUGCAUGUGGUGAGAGUAGUGCAUGUGGUGAGAGUAGUGCAUGUGGUGAGAGUAGUGCAUGUGGUGAGAGUAGUGCAUGUGGUGAGAGUAGUGCAUGUGGUGAGAGUAGUGCAUGUGGUGAGAGUAGUGCAUGUGGUGAGAGUGGUGCAUGUGUAG